GGCGCGUCGCGUUUUACUUGUGCGGCUGCGUGACGAUUAGUUAGUUAGUUAUGGCCCAUUUUUAUUUUGGAACUUCUUAGGCAAGCAAGGGCCACCAGGCCCACCACAGUACGUAGCAUGGUAUUAUCUAAUUGGAACAUUUCAUCUUCAAUGUUUCUCGUCUCCCAUUCACCUCCCAAAUAACUGAACCAAGUGGACCUACAUUUCCCUUCAAGUUACUUGACCACCCAUGGAUCUAAACUUGAAUUUAAAUGCGCUAUCAAUUUCAAUAUGACGACUGACAGGACACCCAACUCCGGUCGACGGAAGCGAAGUCGUCCUCAAGAUGAGCUCGAUUCAUCACCAGCUGCUACGCCCAGCGUAAUAUCUGCCGUCAAGAGACGCCGCCUCGAUAACCUCGCCAAUUCUUCGCCAUCCACUCCUAAAGGCUUUUCUGCCAUCACCUCCGCAAUUAGCAAUGCUAUUGGCUUAGGUAGAUUUGGGAACGCCAAAAAGAAUGCAGCUACGAACCAGUCAAAAUCGACAAAUGAUGUCGAUUACGCCGUCCCCGAAUCCCCGAAUGACGACGAAGAAACCAAGAGGCUACUGAGUCUCCCUAUAAAACAUAAGAAGCUUGGCCAAAUACUACCGAAAAACACCAAGCCUCCUCCCGCCAAUAUCUACGAUGUCCCUGAUUCAGAAGAGGAGAACGACAAUGCCCCAGAGACAAGUCAAGAUGAGCUUGGAACCACGCUCUCCAGGAGGACGAAGAGUACACCUAGGGUAUCGACUACUUCCUCGAGUAAAAGCGUGGGCGCACGAUUACUUGAAUCACGAAAAAAGAAGCCAGCUAGCCCAAUUCGCGAUGAAGCAACCCAGGAUAUACCACGGAGGAGGGGGCGAUCUUCAAAGGCCCCUACUGAGCCGGUUGGACGCAUGCCGAGUUCCAAGCCGGCCAAAGUUCAAUCUGCAGCACGCAACGCAAAACCAUCGCUUGCGGCUAAGGUGCCAGAUGUCAAGGGCAUACUCUCGCCGCAAAAGAAGAAGCCUGGUCGACCGCUGAAGAGCGUUGCUUUCAGCGAGGAAGGUCGUGAUAAAGAGAAUGAGAUAUUCUUCGAAGAUAUACAAUCGAAGCCUAACAAAAAGAAGAGUUCCAGAAAGAUGAUAGAUGUUACUCCUGACGAGAUUCCAGCUUCCGGGGAUGAAAGCGAUUCACAAGAGAGCGAAGACGACGAAGUGUGUGCUAUAUGUUCAAACCCAGACUCGGAACCUCCGAACGAAAUCAUUUUCUGCGAAGGUUGCGAUAUGGCUGUUCAUCAGAAAUGCUAUAACGUACCCGUCAUCCCCAAGGGUGACUGGCUCUGUAGGAAUUGCUCACAAGACGAUGUUUUGCCUCAACCGACAAAGCUCCCCAAAGCGGCCCCUAAGAAACAAAUUCGCGCGACAAAAACUUCCAAGGUUCCUACUAUUCCAAACUUUGAGCAACAUUUACGACAAAUGCAACGAGUACUGUUAGAUCGUUGUUCUGGAAACCGUCGUAUUAAGCUUUGUGGCCAGACGGAAGCUUAUGAGAAGGCAUUUCAGCUAGUAGAACAAACGGUAUUAGCUGGGGAGGGCAACUCAAUGAUGGUUAUUGGUGCGAGAGGUUGCGGCAAGACUACGUUAAUGGAAGAGAUUGUAUCCAAUCUCAGAGCUAGCCAUCAAGAAGCCUUCCACGUUGUGCGCCUCAAUGGAUUUAUCCAUACCGAUGACAAGCUGGCUCUUAAAGAGAUAUGGCGUCAACUGGGCAAAGAGAUGGACCUCGAAGACGAUGCCAGUAACAAGACCAGCAAUUAUGCCGAUACGAUGGCUUCUCUGUUAGCUCUCUUGUCUCAUCCGGCAGAAAUCAUGGGAGCCGAGGAUGGUGUAACCUCCAAGUCCGUCAUAUUCAUCAUUGACGAGUUCGACCUGUUUGCUACACAUGCACGCCAAACUCUGUUGUAUAACUUAUUCGACAUUGCCCAAGCAAGGAAAGCACCAAUUGCGGUACUAGGCCUAACUACAAGAAUAGACGUGGUAGAGAGUUUAGAGAAGAGGGUGAAAAGUCGAUUCAGCCACCGAUAUGUCUAUAUGUCUCUUCCCAAGACCCUGGCGGCCUACUGGGACACGUGUAAGCAGGGGCUUUCCGUAGACGAGGAGGACCUGGGCCACGAAGGCUUCGAUACUAGCCUAAAGGGGCUAUAUGAGUUUCGAGAUUAUUGGGACAAUAAGAUUGAGGCUCUGCGUAAAACGCCGAAUUUCGAGGACCACCUCGAAUACAACUAUUACACAUCCAAAUCCGUACCGGCAUUUCUCACGUCGUGCAUUCUACCACUCUCGACAGUUUCUGCUUCUUCAUUGGAUUUAGUGGUACCUUCACCGUCGGCAGGAUGCAUUUCCCUCGAGCCUUCGUCUUCGAAGUUUCAUCUGCUGGCAACGCUGUCAGACCUAGAGUUGGCACUGCUCAUUUCAGCGGCGCGGCUCGAUAUCGUUGCUCAUACGGACACGGUAAAUUUCGCGAUGGCAUAUGAUGAGUAUAGCUCACAGAUGGGCAAGCAACGAGUUCAGUCAGCUACAUCUGGCAUGUUAGCCAUAGGAGCUGGCUCAAGAACGUGGGGCCGGGGUGUAGCUGCGGUAGCCUGGGAACGUCUGGUUUCCCUCGGCAUACUGAUCCCAGCUGGCAUAGGUGGUAGAAGCAACGCUGCGCAUGGCGGCCUAGAGGGCAAGAUGUGGAAACUGGAUGUUGCGCUCGAUGAGAUACCGGCAGCUUGCGAACUUCCGGGAUUCCUUGCCCGAUGGUGCAGUCAAAUCUGAUUGCCUGCCUACCUAGGUACCUUACCAUGCCGGUACAUAGUAGUAGGGGCCUAUUAGGCAGUCACGGAUAGUAGCAGUGCCGGGAUUUUGCAAAUAAAGAAUGCCUCAAGGCUACAUACCUGGACUAUCUAUAGGUAUAUACUACAUAAUGUACCUAACCUAGUACCUAGUACUUGCCGAGGAGCUACAAUAAAUAGUAUUGGAGGUUACGAACGAGCCAACCAAAGGAUUCUUAGUAUUACAAGGAGUUGUAGUGCAGUUGUAGUGCAGUGGUAGUGCAUAUAUGUUCCGUAAGCCGUUCUAUUUUAGGGUAUUCAGCAGUACUACGGUUGACAUAGCCUCAUCAAUAGCAGGGAAAGGCUGGCAGAAACGCCAACAAUGCAUUAGGAGUAGGAUGUGACCAAUCAAUUGGAUUAGAAAUGAUGCAUGAUGCAUGUUUCGUCUUUACUACUAGUAGUACUAUUAUGUAUUUUUCCAUUUCAACGAAUGCAAAGAAGUUUUAC